AACGAAGCAGAGGAGGCCCUACACACGCUGAAAGUAUCACACGGGCGCUCUGUCAGUAUGGCCCGCGCUCAAGGUGCAGAGUGGCUGGUGGGCUCGGCCGCAUUUCAAGACGCUGUGGCGGUGGCGUCUGCGAACAUGACCACGGAGAUUUACAACGAGAUCCGUGGAAAGGUGCUGCACCACCGCCUGGACUUCCCCAUACGCGAGCUAGCGUUCUUCGACAGGGAGGAUAUUGACGAGCAGGGUAAGAGCCUUGCUCCCCUCGCUGAUACGAUAGUGCGGCUGAGGUGGGACCUCAAUGAAGAGGGAGUAAUUGUCUGGUCUCCCUCAGUCUUGGAAGAGGGGGAGGACCUAGUGGGGAUACCCUCCUUCGACGGAUGGGUGGAGGGGGUUCCUGUUGCUAAGCAGGAGCCAUCGAGUACUCCUCCAUACUCUCAGCCCGCCAUAGCGCCGAUAGUCGAUGCACCAGCCCCUGAGCCUGCUGCCCGGUCUUCUCCAGCUCGCACUUCUCCUGCAGCCGCUGAUGCGUCCAUGCCCGUCGAUCUGACGGACGAUUAGAUUUAGGGUUUUUCUUUUCGAUCUUUUGUAUUUUUUGUUUCUUUUCACAAACAAUUGUAUCGUGAUCUCGUACUGAAAUGUGUAAUUGUUUUUGAAAAGAAAUACAAAAUUGAAAAUUAU